CCGUCUACGUUAUCAACACAACCACAUACCCAGAAUGACCCUGAAAGUCCUGAUAGUACCACUGAGCAUGAAAAUGGACUUGGUUUUGUGACUUACAAAUCUGUUUACAUUAAUCAAUUUUUAGAUCCAUGCGUAAGUAAUCCCUGUACGAAUGCGGAAAGUUGUGUUAAAGACGUGCAGCUUGGAUAUCGUUGUCAAAAUUGUCAUUCUCAAUAUCAUGGCCCGAAAUGCGAAGAACGUAAGAUUUUGUUAAACUUUUGAACUGAGAGAGCAAAACUGUAGAAGGGGAAAAUAUUCAUCCGUUGUAGAGAGGUGUCUGUAUUAGAGAGGUGUCUGUAUUAGAGUGGUGCCUGUAUUAGAGGGAAGUCUGUAUUAGAGAGGUGUCUGUAUUAGAGAGGUGUCUGUAUUUGAGGGGUCUCUGUAUUGGAGGUGUUUGUAUUAGAGAGGUGUCCAUAUUAGAGAGAUGUCCGUAUUAGAGAGAUGUUUGUAUUAGAAAGGUGUCUGUAUUAGCGAGGUGUCUGUAUUAGAGAAGUGUCUGUAUUAGAGAGGCGUCUGUAUUAGAUAGGUGUCAAUAUUAGAGAAAUGUCUGUAUUAGAGAGGUGUCUGUAUUAGAGAGGUGUCUGUAUUAGAGAGGUAGUCCAAUGUCUUUUAACUUCGUAAUAUAUCAAUCGUUUCAUUUUCUUCAAGAUGUGGACCCCUGUUCCUCAAACCCAUGUCAAAAUGGUGGAAAAUGCAUCAGUACUAUGACGUCAUGGAGAUGUGUUUGUCCCUUUCCUUUUCACCAUACAGUGUGUACUAGAAGUGAGUAGUAUACAAAUUAUGACAACGUGUGCAAUGAUAAGACAACUUCGAUUUCGCCGUUUUUAGAUUUCGAUUGUUUUUGAAUUAUACAUACAUACCAGGGGCCGGUUGGGUUAAAAGCUGGGUUAGUUUAACCCUAGGUUAACCUAAGAUUCAAAGAAAACUUCCUAACAGUUGGUUUAUAAACAGAGGUGGAAAAAAUGUUUUUCUUUCUGUGAACCUGGGUCGAAGGCUAGAAAUUUUGUGAAAUUUGCAAUGUUACAAUUACAAAAAUAACAAAACAACUGCAUAGUUAUUGUGUUAUUUGUAUUUUAGUUAUAUACCACAGUUAUGAUCAACUAGUAAGGAUUUAAUUAACGUUUAACUAAGUGUCCUAUAAUCUUAUUUAUUCCAUCACUUUUAUUUGUUUACCAUUUAAUUUGCAUUUUAUUGGAGACUUUGCAGAGCAUAUAUUUACCAUUUUACCUCAUUGUGAUGGCAGGGGUGUGUAAAAGAAUUAAUUUCUGUGAAAUAUUUAAAAGGCUGCUGAUGUUAGCGUGUACAGUGUAAAUAAAGUAGAAUAGUUGUAACUUGUAAGUUGAGUAAACAGAGUUACCUCAAAAUGUUGAAAUAAAUUUUCUGCAAAACUCUCAACUCAAAAAAUUUCUGGAAACUAGGUUCCCAGGUUCCGAUACUUUUCCACCCCUGUUUAUAAAUUUGGAAAUAUUUUUUCAGAAAUAUUGUCUGAAUCAGUAGGAAGGUUCUGUUUUCCUCUGAAGUUUUGAAAUAAACAGACGUUCAGAAAUACAUAAACUAAAACAGCAGGUUAAAUUUUAUCCCAGGGUUAUCAUCUCAAUAUAGUGCAAUAGUGUGUAAAUUUAUAGACUAUAGAAUAAUGUAAAAUCAGAAUCCUUACUAUGGAAAUACUUAUAGGCAAUUCCAGCUUUUAGUUUAGGCGUGCAGGGGACGAUGGGAAAUAAGGUAUCACAUUAGUGAUUAUGCUGAAAAAAUAAAAAUGAUGGCCGUGUAAACACGGAGUGAUAGUUUAUACAUGUAAAUAUUGAAAAUUUUCGGUUGUUUCGGUAGUUUUUAUUGAAAAAUUUUCAGCACAAUCAGCAAUACGAUACCUUACUUCCCUUCAUCCCCUGCAGGCAUAAACUAAAAGCCGGAAUUGCCUAUUGCAAUUGUAGGGAAAUAGUAUGGAUAUAUUACGGUUUUAGUGAUGCAAUCGCAAAUUUCAUACCAUGAAUUUCACUGUUUUUCUCCAGUGAAUUGUGCAGCAUGUUAAUUCCAUGUUGAAUAUAUAAUAAUUUUCUUCUAGUUACAAGAGCUUAUCAGUUUGAUCUAAAUGGCACAGCUGAUUAUCCUUACGCGUCGGUCCCUGAUAAAAAGUACAACAGAUUCACUCUGAAUUUUUUGUUCAAGACCGCCGAGCAAAAUGCCUCGUACCUUAUACACUAUGCUCCAGACAAAUCGUCGCAAACUGAGAGACUUUCUGUAUGGCGUGUUGGGAACACUUUCUUUGUGGAGCUGUGGAAAGAUUAUGUGUAAGUAGGAACCAUAUAGUCAGGGGCGUAGCAGAGGAGGCUCAGGAGGGGCUCAGUAAACAUUUUAUGCUUAUUUAUGAUUCAUAACCUGGAAAGUUCUUUGCAACGCUUUUAGUUUUCCCAACUUUCGUAAUCAAGAUAUUGGCGUCGCAAAAACUACCAUUGAUAUAAUUGAAAUGUGUGACUCGUGUUUCAUAGGAAUGUGGCGGAUCCGGAUACCGGUAUCCGAUAUCCGGUAAAAUUUAGACAUCCGGCACUAUCCGGUAUAAAUUUGCCGGAUAGUACUGUAAGAUAUUUUGUUACAACCAUGAAACGGUAAAGUUUACUUGACGUUUACAAAUUGUGAAACACGAGCAAUUACUGAGCGUGCGCUGCAUUACGACGAACUUACGACAUAUUUUUUUCGUGAUGGUGAUGUGAACUGCUCGUUCACCAACAGCAGUGAAGUUUAUAUACUGAAUACCCGUAAACAAUGUAAAGUGAAUCAUAAGAUAUGGCCUUGGUAAAGACAAAUAGGUCAAAGAGACAAAAAACUCUUGAAGUUAUUGUAUUAAACACAUUGCCACAUUGGACUAGUUAAUUUAAUUAAGCUAUAAAAAUGUUGUGUUUUUAAUAAAUUAUUGUAUGGGAGUAUCUGGUUAUUAUCCGGUAUCCGGUUAUUAUCCGGUCAUCAUUUUCUCCUGACCGGUGUCCGGUAGACUACUAUUCGGUACUACCUGGUAUCCGGCAAAACAGUAUCCGGCACAUCCCUAGUAUUUCAUUGUUCAACGCCCGUAUUCUAAAAGCUUACUCCCACUCACACCUGAGUGCGGCUCAAGUGAUAUGCACUCAAGUAAAACUGAAGUAUGAGUUAGAGUGGAGUAUGAGUGUCCACUCAACGAGGGAGCACUCAUGCUUGAAAGUACUAGGCAGAUUUGUAUUUAAAGAGCGCGCUCGAGUGUGACCUGUUGGAGUGUGUGUAUAACGCUUAAUAUUGAUGAGGGAUGUGAAGUGUGGAACAUAGGCAUGUUGUAGAAUCAUCAAUUGCAUUCGUACGUCGUUACCACAAGUACAAGAUGACUGAAAGUAGACAAUAUUUGUCGCCAUUGGAAAAGUCGAUUAUAACAGAAUUAGUGCGAGAGCACAAAGAUGUAGUUUGGAAAACAAAGAGAACGAUUACAGACAACAAAAAGAUCGUUACAAAGUGUGGGAAGGCUCUCUCAGAAGAAUUUGAUUCCCAGUCAGGUGCAGUGAGCUCCAUAUAUAACUGGAGUAGGAACUUGGUUGCUCAAAGUGAAGCCAGUUUCGUGUUAACCGCGCAUACAAAAACAAUAGAAAGGGACUGGAACUGACGUCCAACAGCUUCUUCAAUUUCCACCAUCUUGGCAAGGAGUAUGUUGAAAUUUCGUAUUUUGACUUCGAUUUAAAGAAUAAUAUUGUAAUUUAUGAACUGAAAACUUGAUUAGUGAUACGGUCCAUUAGAAAGAACUGGAAUUAGCUGGGGGAAAAUUGUAUAAAAACUGUUUACGACCUUCAGAGCUAUUGGACGUCAAUGGCCGCGAUCCUGGCUUCACUUUUCUCUUUGACCGAGUGACUGAAGUUAUUACUCCAGAUAUAUAUAGAGCUCACUGGCCAGGUGUGUCUAAGAGAGAUGCUCGGCAAUUAAAAAAGUGUUGGGGAAAUAUAAAGUCUCGUGUUAAAAAACAACUUGGAAAAGAGAAGAGAGAAAGUAAGUUAACUGGUGGCGUUCCAUCAUCAUCCAAACAAGACGACGAAGCUGCUGCUAUUGCUUCGAUUAUUGCAGGUCAGUUUGACAGCAAUAACCCUUUUGAUGACGAUAGUUUUGAAAGAGGUAAGACAAUGAUAAUCGCAAAACACUAUUUAAGCGAUUUAUAAUGCAAUAAUCGGUUCAAGUAGUUUUACUUCCUAGCAUAUGUGUGUUUGUACUCGGGUGUUGCUCUUGUUUUUGGGUUUUUUUACGGACUUAUUCAUUGUUUCCCAAUAUUCUUUUGUGUUGUAUUGUUGUAUUAUUUUUCUUUAUACCCAGGAGCUCCAUUUCCGCUUCAUGCUGUUGGGUUUUCAAACUAAACAUCGUGCUUGAGCAUCGGAUAUUUGUGAUUUCCUGAUAAAUGGCAACGACAAGGCAGCCACGACGACAGAUGGCUGCAAUGCGCGUUUGUUUGGUGUACUGACUGUAGUUGGGGCCAAUGACUCAGUUUCAUCAAUGUCGCCGAUUUCAAUACAUGACCCACGCCAUCAAAUAAUUCACAUGUUAUGUAUGGUAUAUUGAUUUACCAUGACUUGUGUUGAUGUUCAGAAUAGGAAAACUAAUUCCAUGAAUCGACCUCUGUCAAUAAAUAUAUGCGUUUAAUUUAUUUUGUGUGUUCUAGUCAAUAUUUUAAUAUGAGAAUAUAUAUAUAUAUAUAUAUAUAUAUAUAUAUAUAUAUAUAUAUAUAUAUAUAUAUAUAUAUAUAUAUAUAUAUAUAUAUAUAUAUAUAAAAUAGUUAUUGUCAUAUUAUUAAAUUAUACAAUAACAUGUAUAUAACGCGUGCUCUGAUUGGUCGAAACCCGUGUUUGGAUCAGGCUAUCCAAUCACGGAAAUUUAAAGUGAAAGUUUUUUAAAGUGAAAUUUUAACAUGGAAAGUUGUUAUUUUACAAAACAAUUACUUUAUGGUUUCCGUGUUUGGAUAGCCUGAUCCAAACACUUGGGAAUGUUGCUCGAGUUAAGAAAAGCGCGCAAAAUCACUCGCCUUCGGCUCGUGUUUCGCGCGCUUUUCUUAACUCUCGCAACAUUCCCGUGUAUUUGGAUCAAGCCAUCCAAACACGGUAACCAUAAAGUAAUUGUAUAUUGAAUAUCUAUUUAGCCACCUAUCCGCCAUGUUGGUAUGAUCAAAUAAAGUUGCAGAGUGCGGCUAAAAGGGAUAUACCUCUCACACUUUACUCACAAUCGGAGCUUCACUUGAGUGCGAGUGGUGUCUUUGAAUAAUUGGAGUGUGAGUGUCGCAUUAUGCUAAGUGAGUGUGAGUGGACACUCAUUGAAUGGUGAGUUGCACUCAUCAAGAAUGAGUGGGCACACAUUGAGUGUGAGUGAGCUUUUAGAAUACAGGCGUAAUGCUUGAUGUGCACCCUGAAAAUGACCAAGAAUACUUUUUCAUUUAUAGACCUGGAGCGAGGGGGAUUUGGCAAAAUAUUACCCUUUGGUGACGAUAUUUCCCUCGGGGCAAAGCCCGUAUAGGAGAAUAUCAUUACUUCGGUGUCCUCGAAUCCCCCGAACGGAGGAUCUAUAAAUGAUAUAUAUUAUACCGAAAAUUAAAAGCCUCGAGUUGAGAAUAUAAAACUUGCUAUAAUAUCCGUUUAAUGCCAACAUCAAACCUGACGCAGCCUUUUAAUUGUUUGAACCUUUUAUUAACUGUGCUGCGUCAUUUUUCAUGUUGGAAUUAAACGGAUAUUAUAUACGUUUUCUCACAUUGACGAAUAUUAUUUUACAGCGAUGUUAGUCCUUUGUCCUUAUCCAUGUCAAUAAUGAAUUACUUUAAAUAUAUUUGAUUGUUUAUCACUUCUUCAACACUUAGUCUUAAACUGUUCACUUCGCCGUAUUCAGCGCAUAUAUCUUAUACAAAUUGAUCCCACAUAACCACAUUCUGACCUAAACAAUGUUAUACAAAUAGCUCCACAAUUAAUUAAUUCGAGCUAUUGGUCCCUACACUUGUCGCAUACCUUCCUGAGUAUACGAUGUUUUAUUUUCUGAUAAACCCCAGUAUUUAUCACUUUUCUUUCGAAUCACAUAUCGUUUGGAAUAUUGAUGAUGACAUUUUUCUAAAUUUGCUUCAUAAUUAAAAACUGAAACCGGUUUAAAAACUUAAUAAUUCUUCACUCCGUAGUAUAUUCUGUUUGUCAUCUUGUUUCCGUAUUUCAGCUGUAUUAUGGUUAAAAACUAGUGUUGAUAUAAUUGAAAUUUGUGGUCCCUCGUAUUUCAUCGUCGAAUGCUUGAUAUGUUCCCUGAAUUGGGCUUCGGUGGCGCAAUCGCCAGAGCAAGCGCCAUUCACCUCUGAGAUCGUGGAUUGGAUUCUCGCUACGGACCAUAGAUAUCUUAUAUACACUAGAUAGUGCAUCUAAUUAUUCUGCAAUUCAACAAUUGAAGCCGUGAUUGCAGUCUCAGGUCGUUCCCAUGAAAUGAGAAGAUUCGUAUAUUUUCUAUUUCUUGAACAGGGAACUUAAACAUUAAGUUAACCCUAUUGCAAAUACGUUUUUAAACUAUUCAAAUGAUGAAAGUUAAUGUUGUUUUUAAGCGUUUAUUAGCAAGUGGGAACGACCAACAUGGCCGCCAUCUAUUCAAAUGGGGGUAACCGCUGGAAUAUUUUUGGCUUCAAUUUUACUAAAAGAGAUGCGCUAUCUAGUGUAUAUAAGAUAUCUAUGCUACGGACUCAUAUGAAAAGAGUCAGUCAACGCUCUACCGAAAAUCGCGAGUUUUCUCCAGGUACUCGGGUUUCGUCUCGCAGGGAAUGUUGACAGGGUGGGUUGGGAUUCUAACCAUAGUUAAUAGAGGAGAUGGUUUGGAAACUCGUUAGCAUUACAAUAAAAUCACAUUAAACCUCAUUAUCUAUCUUGUUCAGGUUUAUGCAAAAUGUGGUCUUUCUUCGUCACGUGCGUAUUGUAUUUUUCUCAAGUCAACCAAUAGGAAUGUUCAAAAUGUCCUAUUGUUAAAGUCAUGGAUGGGAAGUAGCACAAAACCGUUACUGUUGGCUGGUUGAGCAAAAAUACAAUACGCACGUGACGAUGAAAGACCACAUUUUUGCAUAAACCUGAACAAAAACAUAGAUAGUGAGGUUUAUUGUAAUGCUAAUGAGUUUCCAAACCAUCUCCUCUAUUAACUAUGCUCUAACUGACCCUUCCACCGUUGCUAUCCUUCAUGAUAAGACGUGAGUCAUAAGGUGGCUUCCAAAGGCGCCCUUAGAAAGCCUUCGACUGGAUCAGGUUGAGCUGCGUCCCUCAUAAUUCAUCUCAGCCCAAGUAAGGAUGAUUAGCACACCCCACUUACUUACUUACCCUAUUUUGGAUUUAAAGUGAUUUCACAAUUUUCGUCAUUGAGUUCUCGUAGAAUUGACUAAAAUCGAAGUGUUAAGCUAGACAUUGGCGAUAAAAAAUAGUUUAGUUUAUUUGAAAGAACUCGUAAAACUAUUAUUAAACUCUUAAGGCCGAUUUCCAGUCCUCGCACGAAGCUCCUCACAGCCCGCUGCGAGUGAUGCAUGAGCACUUUCAUCCAAUCACAAUGCUAAACAGUUAAUUUUAAUUAGUUGCAUGCACUCGCAGCGAGCUGCGAGGACUGGAAAACCGCCUUAAGACUAUUACAGAUUGUUUAUAUCUAUGAAUAAUGAUAAUAAUUUUGAAUUGGCAUAGCGGGACUAAAUUGUCGGGCUGGCUACGCCCGACUGCUCUUCGCCAUCUUGGAGUAUUGAGGACAUAUGCAUGUUACUUCAAGAGAGGGGUCACGCUAAUCUUUUAUUUUGAGAGUAAGCGAUCGAUAUGGGUCCAAAAUUUCCAAAAACAAUAAACAAGACCAAAAAUGAUCAACGAGUUUUUAAACCGUUCAGUAGAAAAUUUCGGAAUAUACGGUGUAUCUUCUUAUCUUUACGUAAUUGGUAAUUUUGCGAAGUUUUUGUGAAGAAUUAAAUGAUUUACUCUGUGGUUCGGAUCAUCUAAAAUUUGAUCAAAUGAAUGUAUAUAUAUGAACUUUUUCUCAUUACAGAUACACUUUUACAUUCCCUUUGUCAUACCCAGUAAAUGACAAAAAUUGGCAUACCGUAACAAUUGUACUAGAGUCGAACGCUGAGUUGAGAUUCUACCUCGAUGGUGUAACGCGCGAGUCUCCGAAAUUAACCAAAGGAAAUCCUGGUUCCAGUCUCUAUGUUUUAAGAGCUGGCACGCUCUAUAUUGGUUACUUUAAA